CAGAAGCUGUUUGCUGGAGGAGUUGGAACACUCGGUCUCUGCUUUCGUUAAAAGGAUAAACAUUGAUGCUGCUCAGAAGGAAGCUUGAGUCAUGAUGUUCUUCUUUGACAUUGAUGGAAAUGUCUAAUUAAGAACGGUCGUGGAUGGAGGUUGGAUUUGUCACGGGUCCUUCUACCCAAAUAACAGUGGUGUUGAUGGAAAAACUGAAAAUCAGAGAGGGCUAGUGAUCUCUGGGACACUUGGUCAGUAGAUAGGAUCCCGUCCCGUCCUCCAGGAUCCGAUGGCCCUGGAGAGAGGGCUGCAGGGCCCACGGACACUGCUGACUCUUCAGAACGUGCUGACAUGGAGCCAGACCACUCGGCCCUAAGUGCGGCGAGGACCCUGUUCGUGGAUGUGGAGGAGCGCGAGCCCGAGGCCAUGGACGUGAAGGAGAGGAAGCCGUACCGCUCGCUGACCCGGCGCCGUGACGCCGAGCGCCGCUACACCAGCUCAUCCGCCGACAGCGAGGAGGGCAAGGCCCCGCAGAAGUCCUACAGCUCCAGCGAGACCCUCAAGGCUUACGACCAGGACGCCCGCCUCGCCUACGGCAGCCGCGUGAAGGACAUGGUGCCGCAGGAGGCCGAGGAGUUCGGCCGCGCAGGUGCCAACUUCACCCUGCGUGAGCUAGGGCUGGGGGAGGUGACACCCCCUCACGGAACCCUGUACCGGACAGACAUAGGCCUCCCCCACUGCGGCUACUCCAUGGGGGCCAGCUCCGAGGCCGACCUGGAGGCCGACACUGUGCUGUCCCCCGAGCACCCUGUGCGGCUGUGGGGCCGCAGCACGCGGUCGGGACGCAGCUCCUGCCUGUCCAGCCGGGCCAACUCCAACCUCACGCUCACCGACACGGAGCACGAGAACACAGAGACUGGUGCUCCCUUGCAUUGUUCAUCUGCUUCAUCAACCCCUAUUGAGCAGUCCCCCUCCCCGCCCCCCUCCCCUCCGGCCAAUGAGAGCCAGAGGCGGUUGCUAGGCAACGGUGUGGCCCAGCCAACCCCGGACUCAGACUCUGAGGAAGAGUUUGUCCCUAAUUCAUUCUUAGUUAAAAGUGGCUCUGCCAGCCUGGGGGUCGCGGCGAACGGUAAGUGCCUUUCUCUUACUAACUUCUGCGGGUUGGUUUCCUUUCGUUGACGAUGCUGUUAAUCUGCCUGCUCGGGUCGCUUGCAGGGACGGAGGGGCCUGGUGCAUGGGGGGCUGGGGGUUCUCGCGGACCUGGCGGGCGGGCGGGAUCCGUGGGCUUGGGCAGUCCCGCUCCUGCCCCGCUGCGCCGCUGGGGUAUGCGGGGGUUGGAGGGCUGCUGUUCCUACUCCCAUCACAGACAUCGGGCAGACAGAGCUGCAGGGACAGAGAUGCACAGAUAGACAAAGUGAUACAGAAAGAGCAGGUAGAGACCGAGUCAGGCAAAGAUACCCAGACAAAGAUAGAAGCAGAAAAGAAAAGAAAAGAAAAAUUACAAUAAAAAGAGCACUGAUUGACUACUUGCUGUGUGCCAGGGACUGUGCCAGCCACUGUUGCUUUAUUGGAUCCUCCUCACAACCCUGCCUAAGAGACUGGUAUGAUAGUGUUCCCAAUGACCAUAAGCAAGUGGAGAGAAUGGCCACUACCUGCAACCUAAUGCUGGCAUUGAAAGUUCCUGGACUUCCAUGCUGCCUUGGAGAUGCAGGCCCUAAAGUCCAAGGCAGCUGCAGGGCUGAAUGCUGACUGCAGAGAGAGCCACUGGGCUGUCUCCACAAUAACUCUCCUCUUCUAAACUCUACCCUGACUCUCUUAAGAGGUAUGGGUGGUCUGGAAGGUAUGGAAGAGCUCCAGGCUAACCAGGAGCCAGCAGACCCAGGUUUUAGCUCCUGGUCAGGUACUGUGUGACCUGGGCCAAGGUGCUUGCCAUCUCUGUGUCCAGCAGUGGCCAGUCCACUUUGCAAGAAUUCAAAGCCUAGAGGGAAUUCAAGCCUAUAAGAGGGAGGGUGAUAUACCUGAGGUAAUCUGGGAUCUCCCUAAUGGUCCAAGAUUUCCUGAUUAUCGAACAAAGGGAAAGGAAAUGAGACUUUCCCCACGUAAUACGUAGGUUAUGGGUUGAUGUUGCAAACAUUUAUUAAUAAGUGCCUGUGUGGCACUAAAUUCCAGGCUAAGUUCUGGAGAAGGAGGCAGAGAUUUGAAGAGAUAUAAGGCAGGAUCCAUGGGCUCUAUAAUCAGACAUCUGCAUUAAAUACAGGUUUUAUCACUGUGGGACUUCAGAUAAGUCACUCUGCCUCUAAGCUUGUUUCCUCAAGCAAAUAUGCCAUGGACAGGCUAGUACCCAGAUGAGCGCUCAUCACAGGGCCUGGGAUAGAGAAGGAGUUUAGUAAAGGUUAGUCAUGGCCACAGUCACAACCCACCUCCCUCCAGGGGAUUUACAGAAAGCCUGUAUGUGAAAGCUCCCAGUACACUGCCUGGCACUUAAGGAUUCUCAGAGAAUGAUUCUCUUGGAAUCAUUACAGCCCAAGGUGAUAAGGGAGGUAGGAACCUAGGAUGUGGGUGACUUAGGAAGGAGCCUCCACUCUGUGUGGGGUAAUCAUGGUAUGCUUCCUGGAAGAGGCUUCACUAGAGCUGAAGGAAUAAGUGGGGUUCACCAAGCAGAGAUAACCAAGGGCUUUAAUAACCCAGGACAUUCUAGGCAGAGGGAAAACAUGGCAAAGGACCCAAAGUGGGGAGCGGUGGGAUCCUGCCCGCAGCUCUUUUACACCUAGGAGCAUGGUCAGUAUUAAUAGACAGUAACUUUGAAAGGGUGCAGAAGGCCACAUGACCUGAGAUCCUCUAGGUAGUGAGCUGAAGGCCUCCAGACAUCAUGCUCCACCCCAUCCCCCAGUGACAAAGAAAAGUGGUUUGUCCCAGCCCCUACCCCUUAACCAGGACCUCUCCUAGACUUUGUUCUUUUUGAAAAUCAGAAGAGGUCUUUGGCCUUGAUGGUUCUUUUCUGACAGGAUCUUAAGGCCUGCAUUCUCUGUGACCAAAAACCAAACCGUCCUCCAGGGCCUUUUCCCUCUGUGCUCUUGAGGGUGGCACUAUCCUUUUGGUGGUUCAGUGUCACUCCUCCUCUCUACCUUUUAGCUGCCCAUGUUUUAAAUUCUGCACAGAAACGGGAACCCUGGACUGGGUUCCAGGCCCAACUCUGUGGCUCACUGACUACUUGUCCUUGGCCAAUCACUGGCCUUAGUUUCCCCAUCUUGC